AUGACGACCGACACAGAGAUUAAUCCUGAAAGCGCGAGGCCGGAGGCUCAUGGCUCCCUCUCUGUCACCGUUGAGUUCACUGGUGGUCUUGAAAUGCUGUUCUCCAAUGAGCGCAAGCAUAGUGUCACACUACCUGCUCGGCUGAGUGACGGUGGCCGGCCGAGUAUAAGCUUCCUCCUCGAAUACCUUGUCAAAAAUGUGAUGAAGGAUGAGAGAAAGGAAUUGUUCAUGUUGGAGGACAAUGUGCGUCCUGGUAUCCUUGUCCUCAUCAACGACGCAGACUGGGAACUGGAGGGAGAAGAAAAAUAUGAGCUCCAGCCUGCCGACAACAUUGUCUUCGUUUCUACACUCCAUGGAGGAUAA